AUGACAGUUGAAGAAAGGAUUGGAGCAGCUGAUAGGAGAAAGAUGGAUGGCAAUGCUUUAUUCAAAGAAGAAAAGUUGGAAGAGGCGAUGCAACAGUAUGAAAUGGCUAUAGCAUAUAUGGGGGAUGACUUCAUGUUCCAGUUGUUUGGAAAAUUCAGGGACAUGGCUUUGGCGGUGAAAAACCCUUGCCAUCUCAAUAUGGCUGCUUGCUUGAUUAAGUUGACACGAUAUGAAGAAGCCAUUGGCCAAUGUAGCAUUGUGCUGACAGAAGAUGAAAAUAACGUGAAAGCAUUAUUCAGGCGAGGGAAAGCUAGAGCAGAACUUGGUCAAACUGAUGCUGCUCGAGAGGACUUUGAAAAGGCUAAGAAAAUUGCUCCCCAAGACAAGGCUAUCGCAAGGGAACUUAGACUGAUCGCAGAACAUGAAAAAGCAGUCUAUCAGAAACAGAAGGAACUUUACAAAGGGAUUUUCGGACCAAGACCUGAACCAAAGCCCAAACGGAGUUGGCCUUUGCGUUUUUGGCAGUGGCUUGUCUCCAUAUUUUACUACCUCUUGAGGUUUCGCAAACAAAAGGCUGAGUGAACUAUUUGCUACCCGGUGAGUGCUAGCUAAGUACCACUCUUUCUAUUUGUGUUGGAAGACCUGGAAGAUCUUGGACGUGUAAAAGUUAUUACUUAGUGGGAUGAUUUCCUUUAAAUAUUUUAUGGGAUUUUUGUUAGAUGGGGCUUUCAACUAUUUUAUUUGGUUUAGAUGUUUUUUGGGCUGGAUAAGCUCCUAAGGCUUGACAAAUGUUUCUGAUGCCCUCUACUUAUCA